CGGAUGCAAUUGGUUUUAGACGAACAUGUACUAACGGUAGAAUCCCUGGAAGUAUGUGGCUCUGAAUGGUAGGCUUAACGAAUCUGACCUCUCCAAAUAGUCAAAAUGUACAAACAAGUAUCAUCAUUCAACGAAGCUGACUUAACAAUGACUUCUUAUACGGCUAGAGGUAUCUCAUUCGAGGGGUACUCCAGCAUAUACGACGUGGAAGAAUCACAUGCAGUAUGCAUUAUAAUGGACAGUCAGAAUGCCAAAGCCAAUGUCCCUACACAGAAGAGUAACUCAACACAAAAAUAUAAAACUGACACCAAGACGUCCGACAGAGCCUUACUCCCAAAGAAGCCGUUCAUCAACGUUGGAUUAUUGAUAGUUAUAGUACUUGUCAUCAUCGCUACUGUAUUGGUGUUGGAAGUCGGCCUCAAAUUCAAUAUCUUAUCAAUGUCACCGAAAAUUAACGUUCCAUUGUCGGAAACUGAAUCGAAUCAUAUUCCGCAAGGUAAGAUUACUGUUCAACAAUAA